AUGCCCGACUCGGGCAAGAAUGCGUCCCCCAAAUGGACAAAAUCCCGCUCGACGGACAAACACAGAACUGGACCAGUUAUAACUGAUCCGCGCUUCGCCAACAUCCAAACCGACCCCCGAUACAGGCUCCCCAGCAAGAAACAUACACAUGUCAAACUUGACAAGCGAUUUGCGCACAUGCUGCGCGAUGAAGAUUUUUCAAAAAAUGCUGCUGUUGACAGGUACGGGAGGAGGUUGAGGAGGGACGAUACGAAAAAGCACCUGGAGAGAUUCUAUAGAAUUGAUGGGGCAGGCGAACAGGAUGAAGCAAAGGAAGAGGGGAAAUACAGUGAUGAAGAAGAGAGUAAUAUGAGCGUGGAUUAUGAUGCAGUAGUAGAAAAGAAGCUGCACAAGGCGGAUAAGCGGGGUUACGAUCCUGCAAGGGAUGAAAAAUUCUCCGACUCUUCAUCAGAUGAGAGUUCGACUGAGGAGGAUGAGGACGUGGAAGAUGAGGUAGAGGAACUGCAGUUUCCCAACCAGCAACAAAGCGAUGUACCACUUGGCGAUGUCAGUAGACGAAUCGCGGUUGUCAAUCUUGAUUGGGAUAAUAUUCGCGCGAAAGAUUUGAUGGCUGUCUUCUCGAGCUUUUUGCCACCUGGAGGGAGUAUACAUAAAGUCUCGAUAUAUCCGAGUGAAUUUGGGCGUCAGAGGAUGGAGAGAGAGGAAAUGGAGGGGCCGCCCAAGGAAAUUUUUGCUUCAACAAAAGAGGAUGAAGAAAGCGACCUGGGAGAUAGUGAAUUGGGAAGUGAGGUCUUAGAUGAGGAAGAGGAAGAAGAGAAAAUCAAACAUUCUCUCAUUAAAGAAGAUCAAGGGGACGAGUUUGCUUCCGUCCAUCUACGAAAAUAUCAGCUUGAAAGGCUCCGUUACUUUUACGCCAUUCUGAUCUGCUCAUCUGAAGACGUUGCGAAACAUAUUUAUGACGCUGUGGAUGGGACUGAAUAUAUGAGCAGUGCAAACUUUUUCGACCUUAGAUUCGUCCCGGACGAAACAGAUUUCUCAAAUGAUACCCCCAGAGAUGAAUGUGACAGGAUUCCCGACGGAUACAAGCCUAAUGAUUUCGUUACUGAUGCCUUGCAGCACAGUAAGGUCAAACUUACGUGGGAUGCGGAUGAUGCAAGUCAGAAGGAAACACAAGCAAGAGCAUUCAAGGGUGGGAGGCCCCCCACGGGAUGA